CCAGCCCUUGUUAGUAACAAGAAAUCCCUGUUGGGGGUCUACCAGUUAAUGCGGACCUCAACAUCCGCUCCCAUUCACGCAUUAGCCACAUCUCCCAAAGAGAAGCAUCAUGCGCCACACAGCCGCACGCUCGAAAAUUACGUGAACCCGAUUUGAACAUAUCGAUGGCGUCAAAGGUCUUAAAGUCGUUCAAAUGAUCUAUCUUCCUGGUAGACAACUGAAAUACAGCCACCAUGGGCAUUCCAGGCGAAGAAAGUAAUCUUUUCAACCGACUCCAUGUCGAAGACUCGAAUCUCCACCAAGACAGGUACCAGAAGCAGCUUGAGGCACUUGAAGCAGACAAGCAGCGGAUUCUCUACGAGCAGCAUGGGAAAUAUAUCGAGGAGCUUCUCCAUACGAGCGCUACACGCAACGUGAAUAUCCCACAGGUGUCGAUUCCCAAUUCGGGCGCUUUCCGGGCAUCGUUCUUGGAGGAGCAGUUGAAGCCGUUGACGGAAGAUUUCCACACGGUAGCGUCACUUAUGGCGGGGAUUGACAAGGUGGGAAAGUCAUUUUCCCAGCUCGGCGUCGUGGACCACUUGCACUUUGAACUCCAUCAGGCGCCGUCGUCCAAUCCAUACGACCGGUCGGCAGACGUGUUCCCGGUGAUCCAUUUGCAGCCAGUUAAAAAGUUUUUCGCCAAGACCGGGACCAGUAUCGGGAACGGGGAGGGAGACUCGUACAUCACACUCCAAUACAAAAACAUGUUCGGUGGGGCAGAGAACUUGGUCGUGGAUGCAUCCACCGGCACACGUACGCGCGCGGCGUACCUCGUCAACUUCAACAUGCCUGUGAUGAACCGUGCGAACGUCAAGUUCGAGAAUUUGGUCCAGGUGAACUCUCAGAAGACAGAAGUGGCGGGGUACGAGACGGUUUUACGGGGCACAUCGCAAAAGAUGUUCUUCGCCCACCCGCUAUGCGAGCUUCUCCAGCACGAGGUGUCCGUGGAGAACUACUGGCGUACCAUCCGCAACGUCACUAGCUUGUCUGAGCAAGUAAUGGCGCAGCUGGGCGACGACUUGCGAAGCUCCGUGGUCUAUGCAUGCAAGCUAGACACCCGCGAUGACCCCCAUUUGCCCACCAAGGGAACCUACUGGCGCUGGGGUACCGAGUAUUCCGGUUUGUUUCCCUCUGUGAACAAGUACCGCUUUGUAAAGACGGCUACCGAGUUUCAGACCGGUUAUCGCAUCAAUCCCUUUGUAUCUGCCACCCUCACGGGGAAGCUCGGACUCUUGGUUCCGCUUGGCCAAACCACAUCUUGCAUCCUUGACCGCUUCUACAUCGGCGGUGCCAACGACGUGCGCGGCUUCAACGUGCUGGGGCUUGGACCUAAACAGAACCAGACGGCUGUAGGUGGUGAUAUGUUCCUCAGUGGUGGGCUUAGUGUGUUCUCUCAUAUCCCGCGCACCGCGAUGGAUUCGAACUUUAAGUUCCAGCACUUCCUCAACUGGGGCAAGGCCGUUCCGCUUGAUAAGAGCUCGAGCUGGCAACAAAACGUGCGCGCAUUCGCGACCCCAAGCGUUUCCGCCGGGGUGGGGCUUGUCUUUAACCAUCCCAUGGCGCGUUUUGAGGCGAAUUUUGUCGUACCGUUGCAGGUUUCGCGUGGUGAUUCUGUGCGAAAGGGCUUCCAGUUUGGCAUUGGAAUGAGCUACAUGUAAUAUGGCUGUGUAUGUUGGAUGGGAAAAUGGUUAUAGAAAUAACAAGCUUGAUACAAUCUGAUCGACGUACAAUCCUUGUAUAGUGUACGGCGUGGUGCUAGAUACCUUGGUUCGCCACUGAGAGAAAUUAUUGGCGUCUGUUCUGUUUUAGUGCAAAUGUAUACUUAAGAGUGUGGGGUUUAGGCUUCAUACUUUUCGUCUCAUAUUUUAAUAUUUUGUUCAAUCAUUCGACAAAUGCUAUUCAAAGUAG